CAACAGGCUUCCUUCAGUUUCCGUCUACCAAAUCCACUUACAAGGCUUUGGUUGGCCUGAGGCUAUAGUAGAAGACACCUGCUUAAGGUGUCCUGCAGUGGGACUGAACCCAGGGCCAUGUGGUUUGGAAGUAAGCUUCUUACCACCAAGACUCUUGUUCCUCUCCUAUCAUACUUUUGCAUCUCAACACUUGGCAUAGGCCACCUCCUACAGUACUACAUCUCUGCCUCAAUAAUGGGGUCUUGUCUUGCAAGCUACUUGGCCACCUCACUAGAACUAGUGAAAUGAAAAAGCACCCAGUACACUCUGUAUUAGGAAGAGCACCCAGCCAUAGAAACCAUACCAAAACAGAUAUUCUUUUCUACUCUAGGCACAAGGCCCGAAAUUUUGGGCGAAGGGGGCCAGUUGAUUAGAUCGACCCCAGUAUGCAACUGGUACUUAAUUUAUCGACCCCCAAAAGGAUGAACAGCAAAGUCGACCUCAGUGAAAUUUGAACUCAGAACGUAAAGACAGACGAAAUACUGCUAAGCAUUUUACCCAGCAUGCUAGUGUGUCUGCCAGCUCGCCACCUUCAAACAGAUAUUGGAGCUCAACACAGCGCUCUGAACUGACAGAUCUAGUCAAACCAUCAAACCCAUGUGAGCACAGAAAAUGCAGAAAUCAGAUAAAUCCACUCAAAAUUUCAAGACCCUUAAUUGCAGAAAUCAGGCUAAAACUUUGUAACCAUGGCGAUGAAAAAUUUAGUGGAGGGUGAGUGUGGAGUUUCAAACUCUCUUCUGAAGUUUACCGGACAUUUCACUGAAGACAAAGCAUUCAAGCAGGUGAAACUGAAAAAAUUGAUGAACAACCUUAUUCAAUUUCCGAACCUUAUUGGGUUCUCAUCAGAGGUUGAAAAACCAUUGGCAUUACCCAGAGAUGUUGAGUGGGUCGAUGAGUUUUUACAUGCACAAAAUACACAAGCAGCACCAGAAACAUUCCACAUGGGAAGUCUUCUCCAGGAGAUGCGGCAGAUUGAGGAAGCUGAACUGUUUCAUGAACCACAGACAGCUCCUGCCAUUGCAGACUUAGCUGUUUCUUCAGAAUGGGCGAAAGAUUUCCUUGCCUCUGAAUCUACGCAAAAUUCAGACAUGGGUGCAUCAGCAUCUGCUACAGACUCAAUUUCUUCUGCUGUGAAAUGGGCUGCUGAGUAUUUGGAUCCUGUAAAUGCUAAUAAAGAUUGGAGUCAAGAGCAUGAGAAGAACCAGAGUUACCAACCUGAGGAUGUGAGAAGGGCUGCUCAGGAACUGGUCGAUUCUCUGAAUAAUCCAAGAAUCGAAGAUACUGAGUUCAUGAAAUUUAUAUCAAAUGUCACCCACGGGGAGACAGAGUUGAGAGACAACGAGGCACUGCUUGGUGCUGUGAACGCUGGGGAUGUUCCUGAACAGUGGGUAGAACAUUUUGUGUCGGAAGAGAGUGUCAAGUCUUUAGUUGACCAAUGGCAAGAAGAAUUCACAAAAGAAAUGGGCAGUGAGACAAUUUCUGAUGAACAGUUUUGGGAGAAUCUUCAGAAACAUUGGGAAGAUGUUGACCGAAAUGUGAAUGAAGGACAUCCCUGGUUGACAGAAUAUACUGACAGUGAACUCUACCAAGACUACAAGUUUGCUAGUGAAAACCCGUUACUACAACAGAAAGACCCUUUCAAUGCCGGACUGGAGAAACUAAAGAAAGGAGACAUUCCUAACGCCGUCCUUUUGUUCGAAGCAGCAGUACAGAAAGAUGCAUCUCAUGCCGAAGCUUGGCAGUAUCUGGGCACAACACAGGCUGAAAAUGAAAGGGAACCAGCAGCCAUUGCUGCCCUCAAGAAAAAUCAAAUGAUGGAGAUACGAGACUUAUACAUCGAAGCUGCCCGCCUUUCUCCAAACAAAAUUGAUCCUGAUGUUCAGGAUGCCCAGCUGUGGAAUAAACUCGGAGCAUCUCUUGCAAACAGCAACAAGAGCGAACAGGCUGUAGAAGCUUACCAUCAUGCACUUCAGCUAUCCCCUGGCUUCAUCCGCUCCCGUUACAACCUGGGUAUAGCCUGCAUCAAUCUCGGUGUGCACCAAUCAGCCAUUGAACACUUCUUGGUGGCGCUGAACAUGCAACGUAAGUCGGAGGAUUUGAUGCCUGCCUCUAUGAACACCUCCAGACAGGUGAUGUCCAUGAACAUCUGGGGGACCCUACGCAUGACACUAACUAUAAUGAACCGAAUGGAUUUACACGAUGCCUGUGAUAAAUUUGACCUAGAACUGCUGAAUCGAGAGUUCAACAUGAACUCAUGACCGCUUGGGAUCACAUGAACAGAUGGGCUACGUACGGACGGGCUAACAGCUGGAGGAAAAUGCCGAUUUGUCUAUUGAGAACAAGUUUGCCCAGAACUGGAAUCCCGAAAGCAUUUGAGAAACACCUUUCAAAUAAAAUUGCCGAGAUGCUUGGAAAACCGAUCGAAAAAAUGAGUGUUAUUGUGCACAGUGACUUAGCCUUUUGUCGUAGUGGUAGCUAUGAUCCUGCAGCCUUCUUGGAGAUACGAGCUAUCGAUGUGAUUACUGCUUCUACAACACCUAAAUACACACAGAUCAUGGUGGACUACCUCAGUCUCAACCUAUCUCUGCCUAAGGAAAGAGUAUAUCUCCAGUAUGUUCCCCUUGACAAAACACAUAUUGGAUCUGGCGCUCCCUGAUGACAGCACCCAUAAAGACCUAGGAAAGGGCAGACGGAAAAGUUGAGAGGAGUAUGGAAUAGAAAGCAAAAGAAGAAAUCAGGACAUUAAAAAGAAUAAUCAAGAAAUACUAACGAAAAAGAUUUACUUCAAGCAAUAAAACACAAAUUAUUUUCAGAAUCACAAUAAACUAAUCGAAUUUGUGGAAA